AUGAAGACCGCCAUCCUCGCCUCUCUUAUUGCCACCGCCGCCGCCUUCGCACCUGCCAAGGAUGCCGCCCGCACCACCGCCUUGAACAUGGCCUUCGAGGACGAACUUGGCGCCCAAGCUCCUCUUGGAUUCUUCGAUCCCCUUGGCAUGGUUGCUGAUGGAGACCAAGAGAAGUUCGACCGCCUCCGUUAUGUUGAGAUCAAGCACGGACGUAUCUGUAUGCUUGGAGUUGUUGGAUACCUCCUCAACGCCGCCGGUGUCUACCUUCCAGGAGACAUUGACUACUCCGGAACCAAGUUCUCUGAUCUUGGAUACGGAUGGGAUGCUUCCUUCGCCGUCCCCGUUGCCGGUGCCCUCCAAGUCUUGGCCUUCGUUGGCCUUUUGGAGCUUGCCGUCAUGAAGGACAUUGAAGGAACCGGAAACGAACACGUUGGUGACUUCCGUAACGGAGCUCUUGACUUCGGCUGGGACUCUUUCGAUGAGGAGACCAAGCUUACCAAGCGUGCCCUUGAAAUCAACCAAGGACGUGCCGCCCAAAUGGGUCUUUUGGGACUCAUGGUCCACGACAAGCUUGGAAAUGUUGAAGACUUCUUCCCCAACUAA